CGAACAAUACGCGCUCCCCAGGUCGUUUGAAAAAGCGUUUCUUACUUGACCAUCGCAUCGGUCUCUGUUCAAAAGCCCUGCCACCACACAUUGAGCAAUUCGAAAGGAAAAACCCUUCUUCGCAUCUUCAUUUUGCACACGCGACGCCCGUCGACGACCACGCGGCGCUCUCAUAGCCGGUGUGUGUGAGUCGCGGUAACUUGACUGCUCGCGUGAGCGAGAAACCCGUGAACGCAAUCCUUUCGUCCAUUCCGCGCGCGCCUGGCUCCAAAUUGAAGAAGCGUGGCGCGACAUUUGCCAACGGACCGUCGUGGCGUAAGUGCGUUUUUUGUUGGCUUGUUUUUGCAAAGGUAGUUCACCUAAGUGUGACAGUCCGGUCGAAGGAAAGCACGUGCUUGUCUGCUGAGUUCAGUGUGAAUUUCCACCACGCGCCGUUAACGAAAGGGUACUGCUCUCCUGAAACGGGGGCAUUAGUACGGUGUACUAAAAAUAAGCCGGUCGUUCGUUUGCCGCAGUACCACAACGAAAGAGAGCCUAGUGAGGCCAGUUUAGGGAUCGUACGGUGACUAACGAAAGUGAGAGUGAGCGUUCCUGAGACCCCAAACAUACGAACGGUGCGACAACGCGAGUGGUUUGUUUUACGAAGCAAUUAUAAAAGUGUUAUUCCGCAUUUUGGCGCGUUUUAGUACCGUAUGAACUGUUGAUACAGAAUGAAGUGGAUUAUAGUGUUGACGGUGCUGGUAUCGUUAUCGGCUCUGCAGACAGCAGCCGCCAACAAAGAGAAGAAACCAGAAAAACGGCCUACCAAGAAAGCAUCUUCAAAAAAGCCGACCAAAACACCGAAAUCCAUUGUCGAGGAGUUCACCGGCUUGCCACCAGAAGACAUUGACUUCAUAAAGGAACUAGACAAACAGUUCAACGAAGCCGGAGGAAACAAAUUGAAAAUCAAAGUUCAACGAGACAACAGUUCCGAUACUAGAAGUAGUAAACGAACUAUUGACGGGGAACUGGGAUAUGGCCAUUACAGUAACCAGUAUGGAGGAGGGUACCAUUUUUCCAAGCAGAAAUAUAUGUUGUAUCCCUACGCCCAGCAUAACGGUCACUUGAAAGCUACGCACUCCACUGAGGAAACAGUCACCGAGUUAGAAAUAACACCAUCGCACAGCUAUGAAUUGAAACCCAUCGAAGAAGUCUACCAAGUCUAUCCCGAUGGUCACUAUCAGCAGACGACACGCGAUCAGCAGUACUACGGACAACAGCAGCAGCAUCACCAACAACAAGACGAUGAUAUUCCUACGAUUGUGCUGAAGAUUCCUGGACCUGCUAAGUACGCUCAGCAUUUACAGUCUCUUUUGCAACAAUAUUUGGAGGUUCGUGCUGCUCAGUUGUACAAGGAAUUCCAAGAACAAGAAUACCAACAUCAGCAACAGGUAAUCGCCCAACAGCAACAGUUGUUGGUCCAACAGCAGCAACAGCAUCAACACUACCAGCAGCAACAUCACGGUCACCAACACCAGGUUUAUCAAGCACAUCCCACGAAAUAUAGCCAACCUGACCCAUAUCAGACUGAAGAAGUCUACCUUACUGGCCAUGGGAAGUUCCUACCUGUAAAUGGUCACUAUUAUGAAUCACCAAGAAAUCGUCCAACACAACCAUCUUAUCAUAAACCGGUGGUUACUCCAACCCACAUUGCCUAUCACAGCUCUCCUGAACCAGACCAUCAAGCCUACGAAUAUGAAACUUAUCACCAGCAUCAUCCAGUCGCUCAACAACAACAUCAACAGAUCCAAUAUCAGUACGUUCAUCAACAGGCACCAACUGCCCAUGAAGAACAGCAGGAGCAAUACGUGUACCAGAAGCCAGCAGUAAACUUCGUUACCCCAACUCCCGAUCAUGAUGAUCCUGAAGAGCACUACCACCAACAAAUUCCACCGAAAUAUCAGAAUUUUGCCCAGUACCAUGCCCAACACAAACCGCAACAACAUGAACCGGAGGAAUACCUCCCGGAGCCAAAAUUGGUCGAGAACUAUCCCAGCGACAAGCACACUCGAGUCAUUUACAAAGGCCAAUCCCUCAAGGCCCAACUCCAGCAAGCCUCUGAGGAUCACCCCGAAUACACUGCUCAACACCAGGUCACCGAACAAUCCGAAGAGCACGAUCACCAGCAACAGUACGUCUACCAAGCCGUAUACCCAUCACAGACACCAUAUCUAGAGAACAAAGCCUUCAUCGAACCAGUGACCGCGGAAGCGAUCAACGACCUACAUAACCAUGGUUCAUCUCCGGCACCGGAAAUCGAAUCAUCCUACAAUGCCGAACAGAUCGUUGCCAUCACCCAGAAGCCGAAAAGUCUUUACAACUAUCACGCCAAUACGCCCCGUUCCAACUCUGGCCACAGAAUGCAUGCCACCAGAUCAGCUGGCAGUGGUGGCAGCAGCAAGUCUAGCUCCAACCGUAGCUCACCAUUGUCGUCCAGUUCCAGCAGUAGCAGCAAGGCAUCUAUCAAACGGGAUGCUCCCUAUACUGAGGAGCAGUUCAAAAAAGUCAACAAGAUGAUUCAUCGAAUGAAGAAGAAGACCCACAUUUUGGACACGACCACAGCCCGGAGUGAGGCCAAUACCAAAAACAGUAAAUAGGUGCACACAGGAAGCCUCGGCUUUUCGAUGUAAAUGUAUCGUUAGUUGCGCAGAUCUAACAUGUAGGAAAUUAUUAUUUAAAUUAUUAAUCCUGUGAAGUUCGAAGAAAAGAGUGAAAUGAGAGCGCCCAAGGUAUUCGAACAAAGUAAAAUGAGAGGAAUUAGGGUGUAGUAUGCUGCCAUAAUGGUUGUCCCUUGAAAAGCUGUUCUCUUCCUGAUUGCUGCCUACUGUCGGGAACGCUCUGAAGCAGUCAGUUCAUCAUGAUGGAAACGAAAAUAAUGCACGUGGAAGACUACGGCCAUGCUUCGUGGGAGCGAAAUUUGUAAAUUGAUUGAUAUUCGAACAGACUUUAUCCGUCAUACUCAAGCCAACAAAUGCUCAUGUUUGUCGUAGAUAGUCAAACGAUUCUCUCGGAUUAGGACGAAGAGUUGACGUUUAUACAGUAUUUAGUUGCCUAGCUGUAAUUACUAAACAGAUUAAGUAAAUAAAAACAAUAAAAUACAUUAUAUUGA